GACAUGGCAUUACCAAAACUGUCGUUUAUUCCUAACAUUGAAAAAUUGUCAGAGAGAGUUAUAAGAAUUUUAGGAUGCAACUCAAAUCCAAUGACACUUCAGGGAACGAAUACUUAUUUAGUAGGAACCGGGGACAGGAGAAUCUUAAUUGAUACUGGUGAUCCAGGUGUUCCCAACUACAUCCAAAAUCUCCAGAGUGUUCUGUGUGACUUCCAGCUUAAAAUUCAGGAAAUAAUCUUGACCCAUUGGCACUUGGAUCAUGUAGGGGGGACUGUUGAUGUCUGCAGGGAUGUAACAAAGUCCAAUGAAACAAGAGUAUCAAAGUUCAGAAGACCCCCAGAGAAGACAGAGGUGGACUUGGGUAGCAUUCCUUGUCAUUUUAUAGAAGAUAACCAUGUGUUCAAAACUGAAGGAGCAACUCUAAGGACUGUAUUUACCCCAGGUCAUACAGAUGACCAUAUCUGUUUGUUUUUAGAAGAGGACAAAGUUUUGUUUUCUGGAGACAGUGUCCUAGGAGAAGCUACAGCGGUAUUUGAUGACCUACACACUUACAUGGAUUCAUUACAAAAAAUGGCAAAUCUGAAUCCAUUAGUGAUAUAUCCAUCUCAUGGACCUGUUGUGGAAAACCCAGUAGAAAAAAUACAGUUCUAUAUCAGUCAUCGUUUACAGAGGGAGAAUCAAAUAAUUCAGUUUUUGGAAUCGAAACCCACAUUGUCUUUCACACCUCUGGAAAUUGUGAAAAAUGUAUAUGAGGAUUUGGCACCAGAAUUAGAAUUAUCAGCAGCUGGUAAUGUUAAACGCCACCUCCAUAAGUUAAUAAAGGACAACAGAGUUGAACAAGAUACCAAAGACAACGAAGAGGUGUGGAGGAUAAAGAAUUCCAGUAAAAUUUGAAGACUCACAUGCAUAUUUUUUUCAAAUGUAAAAAUUGCAAGGUUUUCUGUCAUGAAAAUCAAUAAAUUAUGAAUUGAAAGAAAACAUGAUAGACAGUAAUAUUAUGAAAUGAAU